AUGGAUGCACAAUUUCCUAAUAUUAGGAUUUUAUUUAUUAUAGUUUUAAUUGCAAUUAUUUAUACUGUGUCAGCCAAGGAAGAGAUCAGACUGGUAGCAGGAAAUGGUCGAGGAGAUGGAAUAUCGUCGGGACGAGUGGAAGUUAGAAGAAAUAGCUCUCUGCCUUGGGGAACCGUAGCCGUGUAUUCAAGUUCUUUUGGAAAUAAGGAGGCAGAGUUAGUUUGUAAAAUAUUAGGAUAUGAAUAUGGCCAGGCCAAAAGAAACGCGUACUAUGGAAGAGGUACUGUGAAUGUACAGAUCACUCAACUGACUUGUGGAACAUCAACCAACUUUUUUGAUUGCACAAUUUCCUGGGUUAGUGGUACUCGAUAUAACUACAAGCAUUACAUUGAUGUUGGUGUCAAUUGUUUUAACAGUUCAGUAAAGAUUUUAAAUGAUAGAAAUUUACAAUCGUAUGGUAACCACAACACUGGAGCCAUUGUGCUGUGGGACAAUGGAUGGGGACUGGUUUGUGAUGAUGGAUGGAAUGAUGAGGCAGCGGCUGUAGCCUGUAGAAGUUUAGGAUUCGAUGAUGGAACAGCUCUGUGCUGCUCACCGUUUUCAUAUGUGUAUAGCAACCCGUCGAUAUCGCGGCCUUAUAAAUUCUACAAAAACUUCAACUGCUCUGGAGCUGUCGAUGACCUGUUCAACUGUACAUAUUCAGUUUCUGCUUAUACGAGCUGUGGAAUUGGACAUCUCGCCUCAGUAAUAUGUUAUAACACCACUAUCUCUAAUGUUAAUGACACUUUCGGCGUUCGUCUGGUAAACACAACAGGCAGUUUUGGUUCACUAGAAGUAAGAAGAUAUGGGUAUUGGGGUUUAGUAUCUGGUAAUAGUCAUUUUGGUUGGAACGAAUCAGCUGCUAAUGUUUCUUGUCGACAGAUGGGUUAUGCUGGUGGCGUUACGUAUUAUAAAGAUGAUAUUAGCAGUUCAAAACAGAUGUUUUGGAUUCAGAAACUGAAUUGUAAUGGGUCGGAGAAUUCGUUAGAUGAAUGUGUAACGCAAUGGGGUAGAUCGUAUUACGAAGCGAAUGUCAUAUGUUAUAGAGAGAAAAUUAAAUUGUCGUUAGUAAACGGAUCAAGAUCCUACGGUCGCGUACAGCUGUCCAUAGAUGGUGUACCUGGUACCAUAUGUACCAAUAGAUAUCAUGGAUCAGAUAUGGCAUCAGUAGUUUGUCGACAGUUAGGUUUUGGUCAAGGAACAGAAUUAGUCGCUGGUUAUUUUGGUGCUGGAGACGGCCCUGUCUAUUUGGAGAGUGUAAAUUGUGUCAAGGAUUCAGUAUGGGAUUGUAGAUAUGAUUCUGAUUUGAAGACACCUAAUAGUAAUUGUCAAACACAUUCUUUUGAUCUGGCUGUAAAGUGUCAUGGACAAGUAAAGAUAGAAGGUGGAGAACAUUCAAAUGGUAUAGUUUAUGAACAGAAGACAGGGUACAGCUGGAAAAUUGUUUGUGGUAAUAGAUUUACUAAUAAUGCUGCCAAGGUGCUCUGUCGAGAACUAAGCUUUACCGAUGGUAAAGUAUUACCUUCUGGAACAUUUGGUGCGGCUCCAGGACACAUCCGAUACUCUUCGCUAGUCUUUGACUGUAAUGGAAACGAAACCACACUAUCCCAAUGUACCACGAGCUCUACAUCCUGUGAAGGUUUUUAUAAAAAGUACGCAGCUGUAUACUGUUUCGAUGGAUCUCUGAACAUUGAGAGGAAAUUAGAGCUGAAAGGUAACCCAAGCCAUCCAAAUACUGGCUUAGUAUCUGUAUCAUUGGAUGGUUUUACUGGGGGUAUAUGUUCAGAUUUUUUCACUGAGAACGCUGUAAAAAUCGUUUGUCGUCAAUUAGGACACACUAACGGAAUGGCCUAUAGAUAUCCAACAACUGUUAACAAGUAUACCAUUCAAGAGUUGAAGUGCAUAGGGAAUGAAACUACUAUAUUAGAUUGCCCUGUGGGAUCUUCAUCAUGUCUGGGAAGCGCUCAUCAAGCUGGUGUGUUUUGCUACAAUAAUACUGUCCCUGUUGUAAGAUUUAUAAAUGGUGGAAGCGGUAAAGUAGAAGUUGUUGAUGGUUUGGAUGUUGGUGGUGUCUGUUUAACGUCUAAUUCUGGUUCCCAGUCCACCACACAGGCCAGAGUCAUAUGUCGUCAGAUGAAUUUCGAAGCUGGAGAAUUUUUUAAUAACGACCAAGAAGAAACAACACCAAUAUUUAUGAAUAGUGUAACGUGUACAGGAUACGAACGUUCCAUUUUUGAAUGUUCAAAUGAUGGAUGGAGAGUAAAUGAAGAAGCUCGGUGUCCUUCAAAUAACAAGGCUUUAACCUGCUAUAAUAGCGCAAGGAUAAGACGAAGUACGUCGAUGGGGUCGUUUUCUUCUGGUUAUGUUGAAAUGCUGUACGCAGGUCUGCACUGGAACCCGAUAUGUCCGGGAUUAGAUGAUAAUGCAGCAAGAGUUAUCUGUAGAGAAUUACGUGCACCAUAUUUCAAGGUAUUAUCUGAUAAUUUAUUUAAAAGUGGAAGAAAUAUACACGGUAUGAAGAAUAUUGUCUGUGUUGGGAAUGAAACAUCCAUAUUGGACUGUACUUUUACAAAACAAUAUUGUUACGGAACUAGCUCUUUAUUUUGUAGUAAAACAUCCAAAUUAGAUGAUUUCGAAAUUCACUCAUCAACUUCUCCAGAAAAGGGCUCUUUUUAUUCGAAAAUUACAAUUGAAAUGUAUGGAUUAACUGGUACAAUAUGUUCAGAAGGCUGGACUGAUACUGCAGCUAAAGUUUUCUGUAAAUCACAAGGUUAUUUAUAUGGUGUUUCUGUUGGAUCAUUGAGCUCCCCCUCUAUUCGAACUUUAGCAAAAGAUUUCAGAUGUACUGGUGAAGAAAGUAGAUUACAAGACUGUAGUUAUUCUAUAUCGAACCUUACAUCCUGUCAAUCAUCAAUGAUGUUGGCCAAUGCUCUCUGUUCUGACGAACCUGGAGGUUUUUCAAUCCGAUUAAAACCAAGCAAUGAAAGUAGAAAUCUUGGACAAGUGGAAGUUGGGUAUCAUGGUCAAUGGGGACCUGUCUGUAAGCAGGCUUAUACUAAUAGAUACCUGGCAAUAACUGCUUGUCGCCAACUUGGCUAUGUUAAUGGUGAAGAUAUCUCAGAAAGUUCUUAUGGUAUAACACUUCCGAUGUUAAAAAUAUUUGGUAGCAGUGGAUGUGGAAUUGAGACGACUGAAAUAUGGAAAUGCAAACUGUCAGACUUCAACCUAACGUACCCUUGCGGUCGAUACAAUAAAGAUCUUUUUGUUAAAUGUUUGACAUCAGUUGAUUUAGAGCCAGGGCAUGCUGUUGGAGUAGCUAAGUUUACUGUAAAUAGAAGAAACGGUGCGAUCUGUAGAGAUGGAUUUGAUGAGAACGCUGCGAAAGUAGCGUGUGGACAACUUGGUUAUUCAUAUCAUUAUAUACUCGACUACCAACCCUUCAAUCCACCCAACCUCAUUAUUGCUUAUAAUAAUUUCCGGUGUUUCGGAUCUGAAACCUCCCUGGAAAUGUGUCGGUAUGAUACGCAAUAUUGUAGAAGUAACAGAGCCGUUCAACUGAUGUGUUCAAAUUAUCCAUCAUAUUCAGGGUACAACUUAAAAAUCAAAUCAUCCUCAUAUGGAGAAGUGAUAGUGAAUCAUUUUAAUAUAAAUGGAGGCAUUUGUUCUAAUAAAUGGUCGAAUGAUGAUGCUAAAGUGGUAUGUAGAGAAGUAUUGGGGAGUGAGUAUACUGGAGGAUUCGCUUAUAAAAGGAUAAAGAAUGAGGUGGAAAUGAGCCAACUUGGUAUUAAAUGGUUAACCAAUUUAAAUUGUACCGGGAAUGAGUCGGCCAUUAGUCAAUGUCAUCAUAGUCCGUGGGGUGAUAUACAUAACUGUUCUACUGAUACUGUUUCCGCCGUUUACUGCCUCAGCAGAUCAGCUUCAAAUGUUCGUAUAAGAUUGGAAGGUGGAGACAGCAAAAGUGGUAGAAUUGGAGUAUCAGCUGCUGGUGUAUGGGGGACUGUAUGUGGGAAAGAUUUUACUGAUCGUGAAGCCAGUGUCGUCUGCCGUAUGUUAAAUUUUAAAGGUGGUUAUGUCACAGUUAAUGCUUUUGGUAGAGGUUCUGGCCCCAUCCACAUUAGUCAAAUGAAAUGUACGGGCGAUGAACAAUCGGUUCUUGAUUGUGGUCUAAAAAUAUCUGAGUCAAGGAGUGGUUGUUACCACAGUGUCGAUGCAGCUGUUCGCUGUUACAAUUAUGUUCGUAUGACUGGAUCUACUAGCACAUAUAUAAAUUACGGGAAACUUGAAAUAUUCAUAGAUGAAUGGAAACCAGUUUGCGACGCGGGAUUUACAGAUCUUAUGGCAAAAAUGGCUUGUAAAGAUAUGGGAUAUGAAAUGGGAAGUUAUGUUUGUUGUUCAAGUUUAGGAGAAGGCGAUAGUAGGUCAAUGGUGAGCCUCAGUAGAUGUCGAGAUAUACCAGGAUCUUUGUCAGACACAUGUUACGUCAAUACAGGCUGUUCAUCAGGAAAAUACGUCACUGUUUAUUGUUCUAAAUCAUCGUUUUCAAAUUCUGACAUUGUAACAUUGACUGUGAGUCAAAACAGAGUUAUGGUGACUGUAGCUGAAAUCCAAUCCGCAAUAUGUGCUCAAAACUGGACUGACAAAGAAGCGAAUGUAUCUUGUAAACAUGCUGGUUACAAUGGAGGGAUCGCAAGAUUCAUGUCGAAUGAAAUGUUGAACCCUGUUUUAUUGGGUAAUAUCAAAUGCAGAGGAAUAGAGACGAAUCUCACAGAAUGCUCCCGAACUCAACAUUCCACAGGAUGUUCCGAAACUCUCACAAACAAUCAAGUCAUUGCUGGUGCUUCAUGCUAUAGUUAUGGUGUUGUUGUGUGCCGUGAAUUGGGCUAUAGCAAUGGGUUUGCUAUGAUUGGUAACAUACAACGGAAUUCCCUAGCUAUAUUGGAUCGAGUAAACUGUACCGGCGAGGAAUCCAAUAUAGUAGAAUGUUCAUAUUCCAAACCAUUCAUUCCUGUUUGUCAUAACCAAAUUGGAGUAAAAUGUUUCAAUAGAAGUAGGACGACAGGUUUUAUUUUGAGCCCAGGACGUUUUCGGUCAAACUAUAUAGGCAGUCUUGCUGUUAUCCAUGAAAAUGUACGUGGCUAUAUAUGCCUUGAUAGUUGGGACGAUGUAGAUGCAACUGUAGCUUGUAAACAAUUUGGAUUCACCAUUGGUAAAGCGUUACGUCUUCGAAGCCCUGGAAUGAGACCGUAUUUGUUGUCAAAUGUAAAUUGUAACGGCUCAGAAUCCAGACUAGAUGAAUGUGAUUAUGAUAUAGGGGACAUAACUCAUUGUUCAUCUGACAAAGUUGCAGGAACUGCAUGUUCUUCUCAAACAGGUAUCUUCUCUGGAUUGUUGGGUGAGAAUGGUAUAGGGUUAGUCCAGAUAUCUAUUGACGGAACAUGGAGUGUGUUCUGUAAUAGUAUUGGAAACGAGGAAGCUUAUAAUGUGUUCUGCAAGUCGAUAGGCUAUACAUCGGGUCACUAUGGAUCUAGAGUAGAAGGACAAGGCUAUAACAUUACUGGCCCAGUGUAUAACACUAGAUUUAUUUGUAAUGGACAUGAAGCUGAUAUUACAGACUGUACUCAUUCUAGCUGGAGCACAAGUUACCGAUGUGCAUAUUACGCCUCUGUACAUUGUUUAAAUGACGUACGAUUGCACGAGGAUGGACAGCAUACAACCCGAACAAGUUCAGGACCAGUGGAGAUCUACUACCAGGACCAAUGGUAUUUGGUUUGUGAUAAUGGUUUUGAUGAUGCUGCUGCUGAGAGAGUCUGUUCAGAUUUAGGAUUUGCUGAUGGAAAGGCAAUCCAUGGAUCAACCUUUGGCUGGGAUUACGAACCAAGAUUAGAAGUAUCAAAUAUGACCCUGAAUUGUAAUGGGUCUGAAACGUCUGCAAGUGGUUGUUUAUCAAUCAGUUCCUGUCGUUCAGGACAGUAUGCCUCUGUUGUCUGCUUCAAUGAAACUGAUAUUGAUGACGAAUAUCUGGAAAGCGACUAUGUUUUCAGCAUAGAGAGACAAUCGAACGUGUUCAAUUCAUCAGGAACGGUUGGCGUUUCUAUAUUUGGAGUGCAGGGUAAAAUAUGUGCUGAUGAUUGGGACGACGAGGAUGCUGUUGUUUAUUGUCGUUCUCAAGGUUAUUCAGCAGGAAUCGCCUAUAAAAAUCACCCGAAAUUUGACAAAGAUCAACCAUUUUGGAUUGGUAAAUUUGAAUGUGCUGGUACAGAGUCAGACUUGAAUCAGUGUAUCCAUAAAGAUAGACUUACCAUGGAGAAAUGUGAAUCAAACAGUGGGGCAUCUGUUGUCUGUCAUAAUGGAGACUUUGAUGUUAGUUUCCGGUUUGUCAAUCGGACAGUUGAUAAGAGAACCAGUAGUCAGAUCUAUUUAACUAUUGAUGGUGUUGUUGGUGGCCUUUGUCAAGAUCUUAUCGACUCUAAGGCGGCUAAUGUAAUUUGCAGGCAAUUAGGUUUUGAUGGUGGUUGGAAGAAACGUUACCAGAACAUAUCUGGUCCAAUUAAUUGGAAGAUUGAUUUCAAGUGUUCUGACAAGGCAAAGAAUCUUUUAGACUGUAGCCAUUCUGGAUUUCACCAAACCAUUAUUAGUCAUCCUUGUGAACCAACGUUUGUAGAAUGUUUUAAUUCAGUAUAUUUGUCGAAUGGUGGUGCUGUGUGGAUUUAUGAUGGUUCAAAGGAGAUAUGGUCUGCAGUAUGUGAUGAUAUAUUUGGUGAUGUUGAGGCCAGUGUUGUAUGUAAGGGUGUAUCUAGUCGUUAUAUUAGAGGAAUACCGAUACUAGGUUCAAUUACUGGUAUUAUAGAUGACGUAGCGAACAGUACUAGAAGAUGUUCGGGUACUGAAACAUUGUAUACAGACUGUCCCAUUGUGUCUUCUGUUUGUAAAUCAGAUCGCUAUGCAUCUGUUCAAUGCUUUGAAACAAAACCUAAUACAACAACCUUGACUAUAUCAUUAGACAGUGCUUACAGAUCGACAUUAUCAGGUUAUUUGAAAGUGAUCCUUCCGUCAGGAGUUGAAGGAAUGGUCUGUUCUGAAGGAUUUGGUAAAAAUGAAGCAACAGUUGCUUGCAGACAACUCGGCUUUUUUGGAGGUGUCCCGUAUUUACCAUUUGGAAACCUUAAAAAAAAACCGAUUGUGAUGGCGGACGUAUCUUGCUCUGGUGACGAGAAUACCCUAGCUGACUGUCAGUAUAAUAUAACAUCAUCCAAAUAUAUUUGUAAUUACUAUUCUAAACGUGCUGGUGUACUCUGUUACAACUCAUCAGGGGUCAACUAUAGAUUAACAGGCGGAGAUCGACCAGGAGAAGGUUAUGUUCAGAUGCAAUACGAGGGUGAAUGGGGUAAUAUAUGUACCAAUAGAUAUAGCAGUCUUAGUAAUUCAAUUAGUAAGGUAUUAUGUCGCGAGUUUGGUUAUAGAGAUGGUAUUGCAGUGUUUGGCCAGAGUUCUAUUGUUUCAGCUACAAGUCCAACAUGGUUUUCCUAUCUAAUAUGUAAUGGUGAUGAAUCAACACCUACUAAUUGCUUAUCUUUAGGCUUUAAUAGGUCAUCUAAAUGUGAUUUUACUCUGCAACUUAAAUGUUAUAAUCAAUCUCUAGAAAUAUCUGAUUUACGACUACUUGGUGGUGAUAAUUAUGGACGUGUGGAAGUUUAUAUGCAAGGACCAAAUGAAUGGGGGACAAUAUGUGGUUAUUACUUCAGUGAUGUGGAAGCGGGUGUUAUUUGUCGUCAGCUAGGUUAUAGAACUGGUAAAGCUGUUCAGAUGGGUGGCCUAGGAAUUGGUCAAGGCCCAAUAUGGCUAACUUACCUGAAGUGCAAUGGUACAGAAUCGAAAUUAACUGACUGUAAACACUCUGAUUAUACACUGCCAUUGUGUAAUCAUGCUAAUGAUGCCGGAGUAAUAUGUUCAGGUAAAAGUUUGGAAACUUCAACUAUACCAACAACAACCAUUGGACCUAGAAACAGUACAACAACCACAACCAGUGAACAUGCAACCAGUACAACAACGCCUAAAACAACUAACAUUGCAACAGCCACAACCAAUGAACCCACAACCAGUACGACAACGACUACAACUACUACCAUUGCAACAACCACAACCAGUGAACCUACAACCAGUACGACUACUACUAUUGCAACAACUACAACCAGUGAACCUUCAACCAGUACAACUACUACUAUUGCAACAACCGCAACCAGUGAACCUACAACCAGUGCAUCAACGCCUAUAUCAACAGCUAUUUUAACAACCACAGCCAAUGAACCUACAGCCAGUGCAUUAACGCCUAUAUCAACAACUAUUGGAACAACCACAGACAGUGAACCUACAACCAGUGCAUUAACGCCUAUAUCAACAACUAUUGCAACAAGUGCAUCAACGCCUAUAUCAACAGCUAUUGCAACAACCACAGACAGUGAACCUACAGCCAGUGCAAUAACGCCUAUAUCAACAACUAUUGCAACAAGCACAGACAGUGAUCCUACAACCAGAACAACGCCCAAAAGCUCAACCACAACAUCUACAACAACAGCUUCAAGUACAUCUACCACAGUAACAGUUUUUACUACAACCUUUCAACAAGCGAUCACAAGUACAACCAUAGACCCAAAUAAAGACACCGGCAAACCUUCAAUCACCCCUGGGCAACCUGAAAAGACCACAUUGGGCGAGAAAGAGAAUAGUGAUUCCCAAUCACUGUUAACUGAUAAAGAAGUGACAAUGACUAUUGGUAGUGUUUUAGGUGGUGUUAUAGCGAUAUUAAUUGUUAUAGUGAUAUUGAUACAGAGAAAGAAACGACAUGGCGGUUAUAUGUUAUCUGACGAUUUAUCAGAUUUAUCUUCUACAAAGAUGUCAGAAUUUUAACAAAUUUUUUGACACAUAUAAAUUGAUAUCGGGGACACUAGAUUUAACAGCUAAAAGAACUUUAAGAACUAACAUAUUCAUUCCUUGGAUAUAUAAAUUCGGUGUAAAUAUGUCUUGAGUGACGUUUAUAUAUAAUUGUUGUAUCUAUGUAUUGUUUAUCAUAUUACCAUUUCAUAAAUAGAGUUUUAUUGUU